UCAAUCGUGACCUUCACCUUGGAAAAGAAAGAAGAAUUUCGACAUUAUUAAUAAAAUAAGUUAUAUUUUGACAUAUUUAUAGCAUUUGAAACUGUUAAACAUGCGUAUGUGGUUUAAUACAGAUAUGCUAAUGCACUUUAUUUUAUAAACGCAUCAUGACAAACAUUUUUUUUAUCAUAAAAUGAAAAUUUACAGUUUUUUGUUCUGUUUCCAUCGUUGAAAUCUUUGCGGAAAUGAUUUGCAUUAGAAAAUAACGGUUAUGAAGUGACUGAUAUAUUGAUUAAAAGAUGUGUUGAAAUAUGAAUUUACAGGUGAUAUAUUGAUUUAUAUAUGAUCUGUUAAUUACUGUGUGUGCUCUACCUGUACUACAUGUACUGCAGAGCGACGAAUGUGUACAUGUAGAAAUGGCGUAUGUGUUUACACGGGUGUACUGUGUUAAUUCGAGAAUUUAUUGAAGGUUUCGAGAACCCCCACCUGAUGACGCCUCAUGGGCCAAGAAUGAUUCCAAAUUGUGGCCCAAACUCACGUAUGAGGACAUUAUUGACUUUUUAAUACUUUCAAAAGCUUAUGAUGGAAAGGAAAUGAAGGCUUUUCGUGCACUGUAUGGUUACAAUUAUGUUCAAAAUGGCUGGAUGGGAGACAUUUAUUCAUUGAACAUUGACAAUGUCUGUUUCCUAAGAGCAACGAUAUCCCCUAGCCAACCAGGAGUUGGACGUUUGGACUAUAAAACAUGGGUAGCGAUUUCUGAGGACUGUUCGGUAUUGACGGGUCAUUGUACGUGUCCGGCAGGAAAUGCAAAGAGCUGCAGCCACAUCUCUGCUCUUCUGUACGCAGUGGUACUGGCCUGGUCUAGUGGUGUAGCUGGGACAACUUGCACAGACAAAACACAAGCCUGGGGAAAAGGAGCGGCAAAAUCCUUAACCCAUGAAAAGGUUUAAUAUUGACAUAACAUUUGACAGGCCAAGUUCACAAGUGCUUCAAGACACCAGCAAAAAGUUUGCAAGUCGUAACAUCACACCAGAUACACAGCAAUUCCAAGAUCACAAGGACCUCCAAGAAAGUAUUGAGCAGUCGGCUGUGAAAGACUUAUGGAAUGUAAAAGGCACAAUGUUAUAUAAAGUGUUAAAUGCUCCUGAAGAAAGCUUUAUGGAACAAACUGACAUAAGUCAUGCCUGUCAUGACAUAAGUUCAGAUAGGCCUGUAAAAUCUUCCCCGUGCCAUUCUUGUGAACAGUUCUUUAAAAAGUAUGUGCGCUUUCCCGAGAACAAAAUCAUUCAGUUGAACAGUUUAACACAAAGUCAGAAUUCUACCUUGUGGAUGGAUAGCAGGAAAUUAAGAAUUACGGCAAGUAGAGCAAAUGCUGUACCGAAGUCCAAUAGAGCCAACCCAGAUAAGUUUAUAAACAAUCAACUUUAUCAAAGGUUUAAAGGCUGUGCAGCGACACGACAUGGACAGAAGAGUGAGCCAAAAGCACGCGAGUGGUUUGAGGCUAAAACUGGACAAAUUGUGACCAAGAGUGGGAUAACUAUUCAUCCAGAUGAACCAUAUUUUGCUGCCAGCCCCGAUGGUCUUGUGGGUGAGGACACUAUAUUAGAAAUAAAAUGCCCAACCCGCCCAUUGCAGGAACUUGUAACUUCCGGGAAAUAUGACGUUACACUCAAGGAUGGUCAGCUUAUCUUAAAUCCAAAAGGUGUAAAUGGAUAUUACUGUCAGGUGCAAAUGACCAUGUUUUGUACAAAGAGGUCUCUAUGUAAAUUUGUACUAUGGACACCAGAUGAACAGUGUAUUAUGAGUGUACCAUUUUCUAUGGAAUACAUGUCUGGUGUAUUGCCAAGGCUUAGAAAUUUUUAUUUCCAUCACCUUCUUGUCCGUAUGACAGAAGAGCACUACAAUCAGAGGCUUAAAAUUUCUAGGGAAUACCAAAAAAUAUGUUGCUAGGAAAACUUACAAUGUGAUAUGCCAUGUCAUGUGUGGUUAAUAUAUUAUAUUAAAGCAUAUUCUCCAGUCAUCCAGAUAUCUGCAUAUCACAGCAGUACUAGUUCCAGUUAGGCCUAAAAAUAUGUUGUUGUUUCUGGUUAUAUUCUAAAAUAAUAAGAUUUGGUAGUUUUUUUUAUUAAGUAUGACUUUUCGGAAAUUAGGUUUCUCUUAUACUAUAAAUUACUACAUUUUUUGUCAAGCCAAACAUUUUUACCGGAAACAAGCAUUUUUUACAUUCUUUGAAUGCUAGUCUUUAUGCUUAACAUGCUGGAUACAAUUGAUUCUGGCUUUCUGACCAGUGAAGAUCUUGAUCAGCCUGCAUAUCCAUGCAGUCUGAUCAAGAUCUUCAUUUUUCGCUAUUCAGAGAUUAUCUUAUUGAUAAACAUCCCUUUUUAAAGUUUAUAUAUAUAUUAUUAAUGGUUCUGUCGAAAUUGAAGGAUGGACAAAUGAAAAUUUAGUAGGCGGUAGGGUAAGGGUUAUUACGGGAAAUGUGGCGCAUUGGUAAAUUCUUUGGUCGAGAGGUUCCACAUUCAAUCUGUCCCAAUCUAGCAUUCCUAGUAGAUCUAUGGACUGAUAUGCAAGAUAUGCAGUAAAAAUAAUACAAAAACAAUAAUAAAGAGAACUAUUUGUGUGUUUUAUUUAGUC